AUGUCUUUCCUUACUUCGCUCCGUAUGAGCUCCAGCCGUCUCGUGCAAUCUAGCUACGCUAUCCCGGCAACCUCGGCAUUCCACACCACAGCAGUGCAGAGAAGCCUGAAAGAAACCGAUAAAAACCGUGACAACCUUGCGGACCACUAUGAAUCUGAAAAGCAUGCUCAUCUGAAAAAGGUCAAGGAUGGCCUGGGAAAGUGGACGGAAGUGCUGGCGAGUGCCAGUGAGGCUGAUGUCAAGGCGGAUAAAGGUCUUCUCGACACUGAAAGCAAGGAUUUCCUACAGAUGCAGGAACAACUAAAAAAGGGCAAAGCGGCGGGAAAGUCACCUUGA